UCAACAAGAUUUCGACUAGUAAUUGAAAAUAAUGUGAGCAGAACAAUUUACAAAAAGGAAACUAUAGAGACCGAGGACGGCGGAGGUCACAUAAAAGUUGCCAUGUAUGAUGGCGGCAAUCGAAUCGCACCUGACCACCUUCUUGCUUCAGCAAAAGUUGACCUAGUUGUCAUUGAAGGAUGGUUCAACGAACCGAAGCGAGAUUCUUGGUCUAAAGAGGAUUUUGAGGAAAGCAUAAUAAAACCACGAAAAGGAAUCACAAGGCUAGUGAAAAAUGAUACAUUUGAUCUGAGUGAUGGGUGUUGUGAUCAUGAAGGUGCCAUUAUUAUGGAUAAUUCGCAACAAAGGGAAGUUAAGCUUGGAGUAAUGAUUGCAGUGCCUACAGAAGUAAGAGUUCUUGAAGGAGUAUCGAAUCCUUUCAAAGUGCAAGAAGGCAAGACAAAAAAGCCAGGGUCUAAGAAAAAGGGUAAAAAGCCUUCUCCAGUUCCAGCGCGAAACUUGGCACAGACAACCAGCACCCACACAACACAACAUGGCCAAAGUCCUUUUACUCCAGACGAGCAACAUAGUCUUCCACCACCUGCCAUUCAAGACGUAUUGCAGAAAUCAGACCAUGGAAAGCAUACAGAAUUUCUGACUGAUGACACUGCAGAGGAUAAUCGACUGAGUUAUCCACCAGCUAUUGUGCCACAGAUGGUUGAGGGAAAUGGGCAAGCCCUAAACGGCAAUGGUCAACAAUUUUCGCAACAAAUCCCAAUGCAAAUUUUGUGGCAGCCAACCAAUGCACACAUGCAUAAUGCAAAAUGGUCAAGACUACAAUAUGCAACAAACAAGCAUUCAAAAUCCAUCGCAGGCAGCAGGAUAUUGUCCAGUCUAUCAACCCUUACUUGCUCGUGGACAAGAUCAGUACACUAGUUUCUCUAAUGCAAGUUCUCAACUUGCAUUUCCGAACCUUUCAGCAUACACGACAUUGAAUGAUAUUCGCCAGUGGACUUCCAUCCCUGAAGGGGAGAUAUCUGUGGAAGAUGUACAUCCUUUAAUUGUCCCGACACAAAUUCAAGAGACUUAUGGGUCAUUUAGAUGUGGUCAAGUACUACUUCAAUGGGAUAAACCUCAUAUGGAGCCCAAGGAACACUGGAACUUUCUUGACGAGCUCAUGCCGCUGCAUAGCACACAGUCAAGGUUUUAUGGAGAAAGUUUACCCAGUACAAGCCUCAUGGAUAAAGCCCAUAAAUUACUGGCCAGUACUUCAUCAGGUGAUUCUGUUUUGAAGAUGAUUACUGGUGUUACGAGUCGAGCCACGCAAACUCCUCAGAGGAGAGGCGUUCUCAUUCGUCCCAUUGAGCCAUAUGAUUCAAACGCUGACAUUUUCAGGCCACCAGUUAAGAAGCAAAGGAAUGCCAAAUAUCAACUGCGGUUUGUCAAUAGGGUUUGCAAUGACUACUACACCCAGGAACAAAUCAAAUCAGGGGAUGGGAGUCUGUUAAAGGUAGCUUUGUAUGAUGAGAAUAAUCGGGUAGUCACAUCUGGUCCGCUGUCUUCAGCUUCUGUGGAGGUCGUACUACUUCAUGGCGAUUUCAAUGUCGAAGGUCAAGAUUAUUGGACAUCAGAGGAGUUCAGUGCCUGCCUAGUGCAUUCACAAUCCUUAGAAGAACCACCAGCCCUGGGAGGUGACCGUGUCUUGGCACUGACUGAUGGAGAGGCAGCCCUUGGUAAUGUCAGUUUCCAGAUUUCCUCCUUCCAUGCCAGAACAGGAAAGUUCAAGAUGGGUGUUGAGAUUAAAAACGUACGAGAAGAGAGUGUUCAACAAGGAAUCACUAGCCCAUUUCUCGUGAGAGUUCGUCAAGGGGAAGAAUCAAGUCACCAUCGGAUCACAUCUCCCGAAGCGUUGCUCAGAGUAAGAAUGGAAUUGCCCAAACAAGUCUGCGGGGCGCUGCAGUGCGAUGCCAGGGAACGCGCGUCGUCGGAUCAGUCGUCGCCGGAGAGAAAUGUCUUGGUGGCGUCGAAGGUGGAGGACCAUGACAGCAUAGUACAGAGCGGGAGCGGCGUGUUAUUAUUCCCAGCCCCGCCGCCGUCGUCGGAGCAGGCACGGGUGCCGCAGCCGGAGCCGGGGCUCAAGUGCCCGCGCUGCGACUCCACCAACACCAAGUUCUGCUACUUCAACAACUACUCCCUCACCCAGCCCCGUCACUUCUGCCAAGCAUGCCGCCGCUAUUGGACCCGCGGCGGCGCGCUCCGCAACGUCCCCAGCUGCCACGCCAAGCGCAGCGCCAAACGAAGCGCCAAGCGUUGCGCCAAGUCCAAGGCCUCCGCCGGAGAACCCGCGGCGACAGCGACACCAUCGUCCGCAUUGACGGCAACGAAGCCCAACACUACUUCUUGCAUCGGCGCCGCACCGCCGGGUCUCCACCAGUACUCCAUGUUCUGCACCAAGAGCGAGUCGCCGCACAGCAAUCGGUUCGCCGACAACUUCGACCUGGCGAGCCGCCGCCUCGGCUCCCCCGCUAGGCUGCUCUUUGCUGACGGAGGCGUGCACCACCAGCCGGUGUUGCAGGGAAUGUUCGACUUAGGGCUACAGAGCGGCGGCGGCAAUUGCGAGGACGGAGCCAGUUCCACCACCAAUUGACACCGCCGGCCAAUAGGCAAUAGAGACCCACAACAGGAUUUUCCAAGCGACAGGGGCAUGUACA